ACGUUGUCCGGACCGGAAGUGUUCUCUAAUACGCCACACGCGCUCAACACGCACGUACGACUGCGGCGCGUAAAUACAACACACAUGAUGUACAUUAUGCAUAUAUAUGCAUAUUCGUAAGUGGCCUAGUCGCGUACACACCGCGGAAUUUCGUACUGGGAAUCGAGAAUCGCACGAGGUAUAGUCGUCGCGUACGAAAAAAAUUUAAUUCAAUAUAUAUUUUUGACCACGGCGGCGAAAGUGCGGGAAUAUUAAAAAUUUAAUAAUAUAUCAUAAUAUCUAUACUCUAUACGUCGUAUAUUAUAUGAUACUAUUCACCCAGUGCGUAAGUGUCUAAGAGAUUAAUAUAAUAUUAUACACACGUGACGGGCGCUAUUUUCACCCCACGAGAGUGGUGACCGUUUCCGUAAACGCACGUGCGGCGGUGGCGGCGGAAACGUCUGGCGCUGCAGCUCCUCCGAUCGUCGGACUCGUACUCGUAUAUUAGCCCACUCGUAGUGGUCUCGCCGCUACCGUCGGUCGGUCGGGAGGAUCGCGUGAUCGCGUUUACAUCGGCGGGCGCGGCGAGGGACUUGUGUGCGAAAACGAAAAACAAAUGACUAUAAAUAAUAAAGGAGCAGAAAGACGAUAGAUAUAAAGAGCGAGAGAGACAGAGAUUGUGUGUUUGUGUGUGUGUGUGUGUGUGUGUGUGAGAGAGAGAGUGAGAGAGAGAUAAAAAGGCGCGAACUCCACGCGACCGCCCGCGAAUCGUGCGGUAUCGCACGCAUCAUGUCUAGGAGGAAACAGGCUACACCUCGUUCGCUCAGACAUGGAAAUCUUGACGCGGAAGACGUAUUCGAUGACGAAGACCUUAUGCCACCGUUAUCUCCUACAGGGUCUGGAAGUACGAAAAGCGAUGAAGACGAAGGAGACGAGGACGAAGAGGAGGAGUGCACUGUUGAUGAUGACGAUGAUGACGACGACGACGAUGACUUGCGGUCGGUCAGUUCUACUGAGGGGUCAAACCACAGUCUGCUUUCGGAAGCACUGAGUGGCGCGGGCGAGGCGAGCACCGAAGAGGCAGCUUCGUCGUGGAGCUCGGCCGUGUCGGAGGACCACACGUCGCCGGACAGCUGCGCCACGAGCAACAGCCGGCCCGGUUCCACGGUCGACCACCGACGCGAUCGCCACAGCCGUCCGCCGUCGUACGCCACGGCCGGCGCCGCGGCCGCUGCUGCCGUCGCCGCCGUUACAGCCGCAGCGAACGCCACUGACGCCAACCCGUACGCAUGCCAGUACUGCGACAAGACGUUUCCCCGGGGAAGCUACCUGAAAAAACACGAACAGACUCAUGGAGAAUCAAUGCCGUUCAAGUGUCAAUUCUGCCGGAGGCUGUUCAAACACAAGCGCAGCCGAGACCGGCACGUGAAAUUACACACGGGGGACAAGAAGUACAAGUGUACUCAAUGUGACCAUGCUUUUUCAAGGAGCGAUCACUUGAAGAUCCACAUGAAAACACACGACAAUCAAAAACCGUUCCAGUGUACGGUUUGCAACAGAGGUUACAGUACGGCGGCCGCGCUCACGUCGCACAUGCAGAACCAUCAUAAACGGGCUGCGGAACGGGCCAACUCGCCACAGAUAUCCGGCCCCUCCUACAAGUGCCUCCAGUGCACGCAGAUAUUCCGCAAACCCGACGAGCUUCAGAAUCACACUGCGACGCAUCAUCUCGGUGAGCAACUUUCGUCCAACUCCCGGAGCUCGAAACGUUCGACACCGCCGAAAACGCCGAACCAAUACAUUUGCAUGUACUGUACCAAAGAAUUGUCCAGCAUGGACGCGCUGCAACAACACUUCCAGACCAAGCAUUCUGCGAUCGUCAACGGCAAGUCGCAAGAGGAUAUCUUCUCGGCCGUACCACCGGCGGCCGCGUUCCCAUGGCUCAACUUUGCCGACUCGCCGGCCCUGGCCCUGCCUCCGUACUCGUGCCGGUUGUGCAUGAGCCAAUUCCCGUCCGUCACUUCGUUACAAAAGCACUUUACGACCGCCCACUAUCUGAAUUCCGUCCUCAACAACAACAUACAGAACAACAAUAAUAACAACAGCAACAGCAACAACAACAAUACCAACGGCUGCAAAAGUGGCGGCGGCGUGGUGCCGAUGUUCAACUGGCCGGCAAUGGCUGGUGCGAACGGAUACCAUCAACACCACCACCGCCACUCGACGUCAGGCGGCAGUGGUGGUUUCUUGCCCGAGGAAACCGUUCAGACGGGUCCCACAGACUUGUCGCUGUCGUCGUCCAAGCACGGUGGCGGAAAACACCAUCACACGUCGUCGGGCAAGCACAAGUCGGCGGACGACCAGCGGAACCACGCGACCAGCAAAAAGUCCCGUUCGUCACCGGGCCGCGAUCCACCGGCUGCCGACCAACAGCGUCACAUAAAACAAGAAAGUGUCAGCGGCCACAACGUGUACGACGGCAAACACCUGCAGCUGCCGCGGUCAGCCGUGGCUCGUCCGUCCUCGCAGUUAGGCGUCUCCAACCACAACAACAACAAUAACAUCAAUAACAACAACAACAACAACAACAACAUUCACGUCGACAACAACAAGAUCCAAUUGCCAUGUCCGCACUGUCAUCUGACGUUUGCGCACUUCGAAGACUACCAGCAGCACGUCAUCGGCCACUUCCUGAUGGCCGCAGCCGAAUACUCGUGCCAGGAGUGUUCCACUUCGUUCGCGACGUCCGAACACGUCCAGAAACACCUCAUGGAAACGCACGCACAGAACUUUUACCGGUGCAUGCUGUGCAAAGAAGUGUUCCCGACCAAGUCAGCGUUGAAAGUGCACUUCAGCAUGAACCACGGCAGCGAACACCGCAUGUUCCGCUGCAACAACUGCACGGGACUGUCCCGGCCGCUGUUUCAGACGGAAAUCGAGUUCAUCGAUCAUCUGCGCAAUGCCCAUUACUCCGCGAGAUCGCCACCACCGGUCCAAGCGAACCUGAUGUUGAGGUGUUUGGUGUGCCACGCCACGUUCAACACACAGUCCGACAUGGAACAACAUUUAGCUAGUCAUUCCAAACAGUUCCAAUGUCAAUUCUGUUCGGAAGCGUUCCACAUCGAGUUCUUGUUGGAUAGGCACAUACAAACGCAUCACAGUUCGAGUAUUUUGAGCCACCUCAACCGGAACCUAAGGGAAUCGCCGAAUUCCAUGUGCACGUCACCCACGUACAUUUCCCGGACGACAGACGGCAGUAAGCAUCCGACAGAAAACGGGACGAACGCUUGUGACAUAUGCGAGAAAAACGAUUUUCGAAACGAACUGGACCUGAUGGCCCACAAGAGGACGAUGCACCAGGUGAAACCUACGAAUCUUUCGACAAAAGUGAGCUUACAUUGCGCGUAUUGCAACGAAAACUGUAAAUCAAGAACAGAGCUGGAGAACCACAUGAAGACGCACUCGCAACACGGUUCUAAUGUCGGAAAACACAAGUGCAACAUUUGUGACGAAAUCUAUCAGUCCGCGAUCAGCUUGGCCGAACACAAGCUCACCCACUGCAAGGUGGCCACGAGUACUGUGUGCAGUCACUGCAAGAUGACAAUAGACAACGAGGAUCAGUUCCACCAACACCUCCAGAAGCACUGCAACCCGGCGAACGCGAACGGCGGCCAAGUGGCAUUUCCCACGUCGUGCAUCAUAUGCAGGCAAACGCUCGUGUCGGACAUCGAGGUGAAGGUGCACGUGCACUAUCACCUGUCCCGGCUCAAGGAACCUGCGGCCGUGUGCGGCAACUGCAACCGGUACAAGCGGUCCGCGUCGUCGCCGUGCGCCGGCUGCAACCCGGCCAGGAACAGCGCCGCGGAACGGUGUCCGGACUGCGGUGCGGCGUUCGACGCUUUCGGCGCGCUGCAACACCACCUGACCACCGUCCACAGGAAACCGUUUCACUGUUUCAAGUGCAAGAUCGGGUUCGAAUCGCAGCAGGAAGCCACGAUCCACUUGGGCACCCACCUGGCCACGCUCAACGGUUCCGUGGACGGCAUCGAGUGCGGCCUUUGCCCGUGCGUGCUGCCCACGGCCAACAGCCUCCAGACCCACCUGAUCGAGCACACGUUCGCCGGCUGCAAGGCGUUCACGUGCUACCUGUGCUCGGCCAUAUUCACUGCACCCACCGGACUCCAGGCGCACAUGACCGUCGACCAUUCGGCCGAAACGCCGCCGUACGACUGUCCCAGGCCCGGGUGCCAGGCAAAGUUCUUCUUCACCGCCGAGCUGGACAGGCACACGCUUGAGCACCAGGGACAGGACGUGCUGGCCAACAUGAACUUCUACAAGUACCAAAACAAGCUGAUGUCCAUUUGCGAAAAGCUUUCGUUCAAGUGCGCCGAGUGCUAUCAGAGUUUUUUGACACAAGCCGACUUGCAGUGUCACGUGUACGACCACCAUCGGCAGCCGAAAGACGCACCGCUGACGGGACCGGAAACGAAAAACGUCAAACAGGAAAUGAGCGGAUGCGCGGUUAACGGUAACGCGGACGAGACGGGGCCUUUGGACGGAUGCGAACGUUCCGAGAACCCGAUCAAAGUGGAGGACGGGGACGAGGUGAGCGUUAAAACAGAACGGCGUGAAAGAGACGACGAGGACGAAGAGUUGAUCGACGUGGGAGAGAACAACCGCGGCGAGGUGAAGUCGGGAGCAGACGAAGAAGACGCGGACAUGCGUUGAUGGGGUGUCGUCAAUGGUCGAGGCUCAGGAUGAAUAGGACUCAUCAACCGGACCUAAAUCUUUUUGUUGUUAUUUUCAAAGAGAAAAAUCGCCUCGAUACCUCCCCUAAAUUGUUUAUUAUAAUAUAUUAUUAUAUUUCACCGUCAUGAUUAUGAUGAUUCAAGAGAAUACAGUUAUAUUAUUAUUAUUAUUAUUAUUAUUAUUACGAUUAUUGUUUAUUAUUAUUGUUAUACACACGCGCAAAUGAUACGCAAUAUGAUAUUAGCGUAUAUUGUUUUUAAUAAGUAAAUUCGUAUUAUUGUUACAUAUUAUUAUUAUUAUUAUUAUUAGCAGUACAGAGUACACGUAAUACGUAUUACGUGGCGUGUUCUUUUUGUAUUAUUAUUAUUGUAAACAUUAUAAUAUAUUUGAUUGUAUACGUUGAAUUUACAGUGAAUAAUGCGCACACAUUUAUAAAGUUUUAGGUGGUGAAAUAUUAUUAUUAUUAUUAUUAUUGUGCCUCGUCGAGGAAUGAAUUAUAUUCGAGAUAAAUUAUGUUAUCACUUUC